AUGGAUAACAACUUUCUCCUCCUCCUCAAAGCUUUGUUCGUCAUCGCUGCUGCCUUCACGGGAGAGACCUCUGCAGAGAAUUUCUCAAGCGACUUCGAUGUGACCGGUGGGAAGGCUAGCAUGCAGGAUGGCGGGAACCAGCUUCAAUCCCCUCGGCCGACAAACGAUGAGAUGGAUUUCGAGCUGUUAGGGAAUGUGACUGGAGAGCCUUACCUAUUGCACACCAAUGUGUGGACUAAUGGAGUAGGUAACAGAGAGGAGCAAAUCAAUCUGUGGUUUGAUCCUAGAGCCGACUUUCACACUUACAGCUUCGUUUGGAAUCCUCGAAAUAUAAUAUGGUUGGUUGAUGGAACACCAGUUAGAGUAUUCAUGAAUGCACCGCAACAAGGAGUCCCAUACUUGAGCAAACAAUUUUUGAAUGCCUACGCUGCCCUCUGGAACGGUGACGAAUGGGCAACGAGGAGAGGACAGGUCAAGAUUGACUGGAGCAAAGCACCCUUCAUAGGGACCUACCGCGAUUACAAUGCUGACGCGUGUGUGAACUCCGGUGGUGGCUCCCAAUGCUCGCGAAAUCGAGGGCAAUGGUGGGAUAUGACUCUUGAUGAUGCACAACUAGCCAAGCUGAGGUGGGUGAGGAAAAACUACAUGGUCUACGACUACUGUCAGGACACUGCAAAGUACCCACAAGGGUUUCCUCCAGAGUGCUCCAUUAAUGUGUAACAUGUUUAUGACAGUGACUUUGCGAAAGCUAGGCAUGCAACUUGCAUAAGGCAAAGUAAGGAACAAAAUAAAGAAUGUGACAACUAAUAAUCAAUAAAGGAUAAAUGUGA